GGGUAUUCCAUAGCCAAGGAUUGCCUGAAAUAAUAGUAGAACAAUUAUUAUCCAAAUCACCAGAGUGGGUACCAACCAUGUGUGGAAAUUCUUUCCCAAGUGACGCAGUACCACCAAACACAUGGUUUGGCAGAUGCUACUGGGGCCACCCCAGCGAGACCAGCCUCCCCCCCAUCUCGCCCCUCCCCGGCACGAUCUGUGUCAGCAGCAGCGAGGACCCCACCGUGGUCAAAAAACUCAAAGAAACCGGCUACCACAUAACCGAAGCCUCCGGCGCCGGCUACAAAAUCCUGACCGUCAUCACCGGCUUCGCCGACGCUUACGUCCUCACCAAAGACUCGACCUUCAAAUGGGACACCUGCGGCCCGCAGGCCAUCCUCCGGUCGCUCGACGGCGACAUCGUGGUCUACGCUUCCGCGCUCGACAAAGACCCGGUCAGCGUGACCUACGGAAUCGACACCACUUGCAACACCGGAGGGAUCAUCGCAUACAAGGACGAAGGGGUGUUGAAGGAUAUCAUCAAGUGUCUGACGUAAAUCAUUUAUUGUUGUUUACCCUGACCUCACGUAUAUGAAUUUGUAUAAAUAAGCGAAAAUGUUGAGAGUGCAGGCUUUAAGACCAAACUAUUCCCUCGACCCAUGGGACGUAGUAGGACACUCUGGUGUACACUGCGGGGCUGUUGACGACACCGCAAGCCUUCCCGAAGGAUGUGAUCCCUACCAAGUACAAAGCGUCAUCCCGGAUUUGGAGAGGCCCGCCGGAAUCACCCUGUAAUGGUUGGGUGUAUGGUUAGAUGGUUGAUCGAUGUAUCCAGUUACCAAUAAAUGAGCAGUUGUUACCUGACAA